ACGACUAUAGUCACUAGAUAAUAUAUGCGAUUAAACCUUCCCUGAAGCGCCUUUUUAGGCCUGCAAAAAAAACAUUUUCUACAUGAUAUAACUUUACCUCAAUCCUCACCGUAACUUCAAUAAUUAAUUUCCCCAACUUUUAUAGUUUUCAUGAUACUACAUGAUAAUUACGAACUGAAAUAACAAUUAAAAUAUAACUUUAAUAUUGCUAUUCACUUAAUAAUACCUGCUGUAGUUAACAAUUAAUGAGCAACCGAACAAAUGACUCACGCCUUAACAGAAGUAAGAAAACAAAAGAUAAAAUAUAAGGAAAUUGAAAGACGUCAUUAUUUGUUAAUGAUAACAAAACACAUGUUUUCCUCAAAUCAUAUUAUAAUUAUUAUAAUAGAACAUCGAGACCCAGUCAGGAGUUACAAAAGAUGGAAAUAGUUGUCCUAUCUCUUGUAAAGAAAAAACGCACUCUACUUUUUUCUUUAAAAUUAUCUGGACUAGGGCAUUAGACAGACGGACCGCAUUUCAAUGGCAAUCCAACUGCGAAUUGCAUUAAGUGCAUUUUGGAUGCAGUUAAAUUGAACAUGACACAGCAAGUGAAACAGGCCCAACAUGCAGAGGUCUCGUUCUAUCCGCCCCUGUUCUGUAAAAGAACAGAUAUGGACGUCCCAAGCAACAUGGGCCUCCUAGAAUUCGAGAAAUGGUCGAACCAACCGGAUCUCUUUUCCGAAAAGUCUCGAGUCUGCGCUCGUCUUCGUGGCCUGACGCCCGGGCAGAGGCGGGUGUGCCGACGUCACAAGGACCAUAUGCCCGUGGUCAGUGCUGGAGUGAAGCAAGGGAUCACGGAGUGCCAGUACCAGUUCCAAGGGCGAAGGUGGAACUGUACUGUGACCGGGGAUGAGACGGUGUUUGGACCUCUGACGUUGAUUGCGUCCCGCGAAACGGCGUUUACACACGCUAUCACAUCAGCUGGCGUGUCUCUGUCUGUGUCUCGGGCUUGUCGAGACGGGCGGCUGUCCAGCUGCAGCUGCAACCACGCCGCCAGACCAAGGAACCUGCACUCCGACUGGGUGUGGGGCGGCUGCGGCGAUAACCUUGAGUAUGGCUACAAGUUCACCGAAGUAUUCGUGGACGUUAGAGAACGGGAGCGCAAAGUCAAGAGAGGCAGCCGGGAGCAAGGCAGACAGCUCAUGAACAGACACAACAACGAAGCAGGAAGACGGGCCGUGAUAGCCAAGUCCCGCGUCACCUGCAAAUGUCACGGCGUGUCAGGUUCCUGCAGUCUCAUCACUUGCUGGCAGCAACUGGCUACCUUCAGGGAGAUCGGUGACUACUUAAAAGACAAAUACGAAGGGGCGACAGAGGUGAAGGUGUCCCGGCGUGGUAAGCUGAGGCUCAGCAACCCGCACUACACGCUGCCCACAGCACAGGACUUGGUAUACCUCGAGGAGUCACCUAAUUACUGCGUCAGGAACGAAUCUCUGGGUUCCCAAGGCACAAUAGGCCGUGAAUGCAAUAGAACAUCAUCAGGAAUGGACGGCUGUGCCCUCAUGUGCUGCGGCAGAGGCUACAACACGCGGCGGGUGGUCAUCAAGGAGAGAUGUGGAUGCAAGUUCCACUGGUGUUGCCGCGUCGAAUGUAACACUUGCGUCAGAACCACCGAAAAGUAUACAUGUAAAUAGGUUAUUAGGUACGUGUUGAAAUAGAGAGGUUAAGUUUUGAUUCUCCCUAAAUCAUGCAGGCUUUCCUACGGACAGAAUUCUCUCUGUAAAUAAGUUGUUUCGAUUUAAGGGUAAGCGCUUUCCUACAGACAGAAUCCUCUCUGUAAAUGAAUUGUUUCGAUUUAAAGGUAAGCUCGAAGACAAAUUGCCGAUUAACAUCGUAUUUAAAGUCAAAGCAUCAAAGUGUUUUUCGCCACGUUUUAGGUAAAUGA